GCGGAGGCUCUCAGAGCGGAGAAAGCGCUGCAGCUGCAGGAGGAGAACUCAGUGUAACCAGCCGACGUUCCUCCUCAUCAUCAUCUUCCUCUUCCUCCCGAAGAACAGACUCACUCUGGAGUUCAGGACCGAAGCUGAAACUUGUGGGUCCGGAGGACGAACUUUCGGCUCGGCAUGGCGUCUCUGCUGAACUCCGCCUGCCUCAUCUUCUUGCCUGUUGCUCUGCUUCUCAUGUUGAGUCCGUGUCCAGUUGCUGCCGCCUCAACCACAAAGUGUCAGUCCAUCUACAAAGGCUUUGCUCGCUGUCUGAUGGCUCUGGGCGACAGUUUGACCGACAACGCCCGCAAGGAGGAGGAAACCCACGAGAUCCACUCCAUCUGCAGGUCUUGGGAUGCGUUUCAUGACUGCGCUAACGUGGCGAUGGCUGGCUGUCCGGAGGAAGCGGCGGCCGUUUGGGAGUCUCUUCGCCAGGAAUCCAAGAAGAUGCAGUUCUCUGGGAACCUUUACGACAUGUGCUCCAACCGGAACAGCCACCCGGCAGACUCCAUCUCCCCCCACGGCUCCCUGAGCCAGGAGGAGAUCAACCAGGAGUCUCUACGAGGACGCGCGGAUCAUCCGGCAGGCUGCAUUCGUCCUCUGCUGCUUCUGGCUCCUCUCCUACUGCUGCUCCUUUGGAAAUAGCCACCCUGAAGAAAUGUGACUACUGUAAAUAGAUAAAACUUUGUGUAAUAUUCUUUUCCCCCAAGUCCAUAGUCUUUCCUCUGCUUCUUCCUCUGCUCUGCCAGGGGUUGCAUAUUUCUAAUUGCAUGCUGAGAUGGUUCCACGGUCCUUUUGAUAACGCAUUUCUGAACUUCGGUUCCGUUUCAUGAAUAUUCUCUGCCGCUUAAUGAGUGUUUCUGUUGGAAAUAUGUUCUGUACUUCUGCAAACACAGUUUUAGAGACACACAGUGGAGCCACGUGUCUGUCUUUAUGCCCUCACACUUUCAAAAUGCAGUCAUAGGUUUUCAUGUGAUGAUUCCAGGAAGACUUCAGGUUCCUAACUGUGAAAACAGAAAAAGUAACAACAAAAUCACAAGCAAUACUAUUAGGAUUUAUGAUGCAUUCACUUGCUUAUCAAGAGUUUAGGAGAAAUUUGUGUUUCUUUAAAGGUUUAUUUUCUGAGCUCCAAACACUGAUUGCAUUGACGAUCACUGUUUUUCACCAAAGUUUAAAACAAACGACAGAAAUAUGUGUCCAACCACAGUUUAAAUAAAAAGUUGGUUAUUUGAAAUAAACAACUGGCGGCACAAACUUUCUGACUGGGGAACAGGAAACUAUUUCUGCUCAAAUUUACAAAAAUAAAUAAAAAAUUUAUAUUUUGAAGGGCAGAUGGUAAAAGUUCUGGCUGAAAAUCUACUCAAGUUUUACAACUGUCUACAAUGUGUGAUUGAUUUAACAGUAAUUGCUCAAGCUGAGCAUGCAUGUGGCGACAGUGGAGUGAAAAAAUCAACAGGAUGAAACUCACCUUUCACCAGUUUUCGUUCAAAUUUAGGAUUUGGCGUAAAAAGUUCAAAUAAAUUUUUGUCAUCAAGUGAUUUCUGUUAAUUACUAUGAUUUUAUUCUUACAGGGAACAAAAGCAACAAUUAAGGUCAGGCCAAUAAAAUAAAAUAUUUAAUUCAGGAACGUAAUGAAAAGUGUGUUUGGUUAUUUUCAAACUGUGUUUUAAACAAAUCUGAAUGCAAAUAUAAACAGAUAUGCAUCGAAGUGCAGAGUGGAAGCUUUCUGAGCAAUAAAACAGAAGAUAAUUUUAUGCUCUUCAGGAUUCAACCAAUCAGCGGCCAGGAAGGUAAAUUCACUUCUGGAUUGGUUGCUUUGGAAAUGCCAACCAAUAGCACGUAAAGUAACAUUGUUCUUUAACUUCAGGAGGUGCAUUUAUUUUGAAUAUGUCAGAUUUGCUCAAUGAAAGACUUUUUUUGUGUUUGGAGUUCAACAGAAACAUUCAGAGAUACAGAAUCAGUGGAUUCCUGCCUGCAUCUAAAUUUUGAUGAAAUGCAACUAAACAAAAGGUUUAGUUACAUUUCAUUUGGUGUUUAAGCUCCUAAAACAGGCAGUUGCAACCAUUUCUAAAGGUUUCUCUUAUGUUUUUGUAAAUUAUUUGUGCUUGGUUUUAGCUAUGGUAUGUAACUUUCGCCAAAAAAAAAAAAAAAAGUUCAUUA